AUGGAAACAGGAAAGAGGGAGCUGUCCAUGGUCAGCAAGUACAUAAAGGAAAGGAUACAGGAGAUAGAGAUAGGCAUGGAGGUGCGGGAAAUAAAAGAGCCAGAGCACGUGCACAAUGAAUCAUUCGAAAGGAACAUGCGGAGGAAGAUGAGAAAGUCAAAGAUAAGAAAAAGAGUAAGAAAAAAUUCAUCCUGCUCUGAUCUGGAGAACAACGAUCUGUCGUCUGAAGAAGUAAUUACAAACUCGUCAGAGAAAAGCGAGAUAUCGCUGGAGAGAGGAGAAGAGAGAAGAGAUAAACACACAAGAGCAGCAGCACACCAUCCAGGAGUAUGCCCAGGAUCUAUAGUAGAAGCCUCGCCAAUCCCUUCUUCCAAGAAAAUGAAGUGCGGCUGUGUGAGCCAUGGGGCUAAAAAAGUGUCUAAAGCUGAUUUCUUCUCUUCAGCGGCAUAUGCCACGCAGUCCUCGAGAAGAAAAAGUAUGAAUUAG